GCACCGCCGCGUCCGACGAGGUGUGGGCGCGCCACUGCGAGGCCCUCUGGUCCGGCAAGGUCCACGUGCCGGACCGCUUCUCCGACCCCGCGGCGCGGCCCGCCCUGAGGCGCAUCGAGGCCUACUGGGGCUCCCUGGCGGACUCGCGGCGCACGGCCAUCACCCCGGAGGAGCUCUGCAGCUUCGCGUGGUCCUCGCGCAUGAAGAGCUCGGCGGGGGAGGACUGGACGCGCUCGGACCCGUGGUGGGCCACUCCCCCGCGGCCCGCCGGGGCGCGCCGGUACCGGCCGGACGGGACGACGAGCUCCUCG